AUGGAUCCCGAAGUCCCGCAGAACGACCAACAAUUCGAGGGUGCGUCUUGGGGAGAAGAUGGAUAUGAAGAAACAAAUGAUAUACAGCAUAGCGACGAACAAAGUCAAGAUCCUGCCUUCCCACUUGAACAAGCUGCGAAUGGUGACUCAGAAGAUGCUGGCGAAUAUGACCCAGAGUCGGUCGCGAUAACUUCAGUUCCAGAGACCGCAGAGCCCAAUCCCCCCGCCGAAUCAACCCCAACUCCUACCGCUUCCACAUCCAUCAAGUCGAAAUCAGGCAAACCCAAAACACAGGGAGGUUUCCUAGUGGGAGACUCCGAUGACGAGGAGGAAGAUGCGCCUACUCCAGCAUCGAACGCUGUUCCUGCUGUUUCUGCCACGCAGACUCCCAUUGCACAAAACCCUCCUUUCCCUUCUGCAUCUACUCCUGUCCAAGGCCAAGUGAGCGCCACUCCAGAGCAGGCGAGCCAGGGUGUCCCCGUGCGAGCGCCAAGUGCGGCAUCGAGUACGGCGCAGGCGCCACCCCCUCCAGCAGUGCAGUCUGUUUCCAGCAGAGACCCGAACGAUACUUUUGGCAUCUUGGAGGACCGCGUGCAGGAGGAUCCAAGAGGGGAUAUGGAUGCGUGGCUCGCAUUGUUCGCCGAGCAUCGACGCUAUGACCAGUUGGAUGAGUUGCGCGCUGCCUAUGAGCGAUUCCUCCAGGUUUUCCCCCAGGCUGCCGAUAUCUGGGCCGACUGGGCACAGCUCGAGUUGGACUCCAACCGCUUCCAGGACGCCGAAGCGCUUUUCAGCAGGUCCUUGGUCAAUGUGCCCAAUGUUAAGCUUUGGACCGUAUACCUCAACUACAUCCGCAGACGAUACGAUUUAAACAACGAUCCCAACGGGGAGUCUCGCCGAAUCUUGAGCAUGUCCUACGAUUUUGUGAUUGCUUCUGUUGGCAUUGAUCGUGACUCGGGUCAACUGUGGAAGGACUACAUCCAGUUUAUCAAGAGUGGCCCAGGCCAGGUUGGAGGCAGCGGUUGGCAGGAUCAGCAGAAGAUGGACCAGUUGCGCAAGGCCUACCAUCGGGCCAUCACAGUUCCCAUGUUUGCGCUUACAGACCUGUGGAAGGACUACGACCAGUUCGAAAUGAGCCUGAACAAAACGACUGGCCGCCAAUUCAUCCAGAAACGCUCGCCUGCCUACAUGACAGCCAAGGCAGCAAAUUCUCAGCUUGAUCGCUUGAUUCCCAGGCUCUCGCGAACUUCGCUUCCUCGCCUGCCUCCUGCACCCGGCUUCCAUGGUGACCAGGAAUUCAUGGAGCAGGUUGAUAUCUGGAAGAAGUGGAUUCAGUGGGAGAAGGAGGAUCCGUUGGUUCUCCUGGACGAAGAGCCUGAAGCCUACAAAACUCGCGUGCUGUAUUGCUAUAGGCAAGCGUUGAUGGCUCUUCGUUUCUGGCCCGAGAUGUGGGUGGACGCAGCAGAGUGGUGCUUUGCCAACAACAUUGCAAAAGAUGGCAAGGAGCUGGGCCUGUCUUUUCUGACAGACGGCAUCGAGGCCAAUCCCGAAAGUGUAUUGCUUGCGCUUAGACAUGGAGACCGUGUGGAAACGACCUACCCGGCCGGAGACGAUGAUGCUAGCAAGGCUGCCCGCGCCAAGGCAAUCAGGGAGCCCUACAGCCUCGUUCUCGACACUUUGUACGCCAUGUCCAAGAAGCUCAAGGAGCGGGAGGAAAAAGAGGUUCGUAAGAUCGAAGAAGCUUCGGCCCAGGACCCGAACAUCAAGGACUCAAUCGAGCGGAACGAUGACGAUAACGAUGGCGACAAUCAGCCCGGUGAACUUGGAAAGGAAGAGCGCAUCAACGCCGUGAAGCAGGGAUUCUCGGUACAGACAGAUAUGCUCAAGCGCACUAUUUCGUUCGUGUGGAUUGCGCUUUGUCGGGCUGCUAGGAGGACACAAGGCAAGGGCAACACGACUUCGGGUCUUCGUCAAGUCUUUAUCGAGGCCCGAGGUCGUGGCCAGCUCACCAGCGAUGUCUAUAUCGCCGUUGCGAAGAUGGAAGCUCUCAUCUACAACGACCCAGCCGGCGGUAAGAUCUUUGACCGCGGUGCAAAGCUUUUCCCCGAGGAUGCUAGCUUCAUGCUCGAGUACCUCAAGUUCUUGCACUCCAAGGGUGACACAACAAAUGCCCGUGUUGUCUUCGAGACUUGCGUCAACCGCCUCACACAGAAAGAAGAUAAGAAGGACCAGGCGAAGCAACUAUACUCAUACUUCCACAAGUACGAAUCGCAAUUUGGAGAGCUCUCCUCCAUUGCUGAGCUGGAGAAGCGCAUGUCGGAACUCUGGCCCGCUGAUCCCAGACUUUCACACUUUGCAAACCGUUUCUCAGUAGACACAUUCGACCCCAUAGCCUACCGCCUUAUCAUCUCGCCGGCUGUUCAACUGCGACCAAAGAUGCUGAUUCCGACCAUCGAGCAGCCGACCUCAGUUCGGCAAUCCCCAAUGGCCUUGCCGGUUCGUCAGACGGCCAGCCCGGGCCCACAGUACAUGGGCGUUACAAACUCUCCAAAGAGACCCUUUGCAGGCGACGAUUAUGAAGAGCUCAACAGGCCACGAAAGCUCGCCAGGGGAGAAUCCCCUCUUAAGGGUGCCGCGGGCCGUCGUCUUGACCAGCAAAGACGCAACCAAGGAGCGCCUCUUUCCCGAGACAUCACUUUCCUCUUGGGUAUCCUACCACCGGCUCACUCUUAUGCUCACUCGCCCAACGCAUUCCGCUUGAGCGCUCCUAAUCUCGUUGGCCUGAUUCGCGACACCCCUGUGCCUGAUUACAGCGCAUGGAAAACCCAACAAGAGCUCGGCGCUCGACAAAACAACGGUAUGCAACCCCCUUCCCACAGCCGACAGGCAUCUGGUGACUACGCUGGGUACGGAAAUGGUGGACGAAACUCCCCCCAGAGAGCCCUCAGUCCAUACGAAGGAUCGGGUAGGCGCCUGGCAUCAUCCGGAUACAGGAGCUCUCCCCUCCGACCUGGCUCCAGUGGCGGACAUGUCGACGCUUCUGCAUACCGACAGGACGUGCCCCAGCAGGGGCAAUAUCCAUCAGCGGCUUCGUUUGACGCGAGCGCUUCUUGGGCACCUGCUAGCUACAGCCAAGCACCAGCACAGCAAUAUGGCAAAUAUCAGUAUUGA